GUCGUACAGCAGUGUAAAACAUAUCGUACAGGAGAGUGGGUGUGUCUUCAGUGCUCAGCAUGUACACAGCAACCCCAGCACUCCAGCAUCAUGUGCGAGCAAUGUCAACACUGGGAAGAAGAGCCCUGGGUCACUUGACAGGAAGAUCAUUGGCAGCAUCCGGUUAUAUUCCUGCAAUUUCUGCUUCUUCCCUUUUGUUGCAUAAUCAUCAAAUUCACACCACCGCAUCAGUGCUAGAUAAGAAGAAAGACAAAAUCCAACAACUCGCUAUAGCUAAACGAAUACUGUCUCCAGAAGUUCAAAAGGCGGCAGCAAAAGUUGCUGGAUGGAAGGAUGCAUGGGAUGCUGAGACGAGCUCGGUCAGUGCAGAUGUAGCAUUCUCUGCAGUGCAAGGCUCGAAGGGUAAUGUAAGUUCCACUUCGAAGGGUAACGCUGGUUCCACUUCGAAGGGUAACGCUGGUUCCACUUCGAAGGGUAACGCUGGUUCCCCUUCGAAGGGUAAUGCUGGUUCCACAUCGAAGGGUGAAACAGGCUCCCAAUCAACUGUCAAACCUUCCAAAACUGAUACUCUUGAUUCUCUAGAAGCUAAAAAGCCUGUAGGGAUUCAAGGUGCAACUCUGAAAGAUGUUAUCCAUGCUGAACCAGACAUAAUAAGACCAGUGGCUGAAGUAUCAUCAUCGUCGUCGUCUUCGUCUGAUUCUGAUGGAGUUCAUACAGAAGAAAAAUUUGUGUCCGCCACAGGGACACCAACACCUAGAAUAUCCGCUGAAGCUGUGACAGCAAAAUCGUCUACUGAAACUUCAACAGGAGAGCUAGCUGCAAAAGAUGUAACUGUUAAAUGGACUGCAGCACCUGAACUGGUUGCUGAAGGUUCAGCAGCCAAACCAGUUGCAUUUGCCAGAGGCAUUCCUGAAGCUGCAGCUGCCAAAGUCACCCCUGAAAUUGCAACUGCCAAAGCUGCCCCUGAAGCUACAGCUGCCAAAGCUGCCCCUGAAGCUGCAGCUUCCAAAGCCACCCCUGAAGCUGCAGCUGCCAAAGCCACCCCUGAAACUUCAGCUGCCAAAUCUGUUCCUGAAGCUGCCAAGGCUGCCCCUGAAGCAGCAGCCACCAAAGCCGUCCCUGAAGCUGCAGCUUCCAAAGCCGUCCCUGAAGCCGCAGCUUCCAAAGCCACCCCUGAAGCUGCAACUGCUAGAUCUGUUUCUGAAGCUGCAGCUGCCAAAUCUGUUUCUGAAGCUGCAGCUGCCAAAUCUGUUUCUGAAGCUGCAGCUGCCAAAUCUGUUUCUGAAGCUGCAGCUGCCAAAUCUGUUUCUGAAGCUGCAGCUGCCAAAUCUGUUUCUGAAGCUGCAGACACUAAAGCUGUACCUGAAGCAGCAGCCCCCAGGACCAUCCCUGAAGCAGCAGCUCCCAGGACCAUCCCUGAAACAGCAGCCCCCAGGACCGUCCCUGAAGCAGCCCACAGGACCGUCCCUGAAGCAGUAGCUCCCAGGACCGUCUGUGAAGAAGCAGCCGCUUCCAAAGUGGUCCCUGAAGCAGCCGCUGCCAAAGCGGUCCCUGAAGCAGCCACUGCCAAAGCCGUCCCUGAAGCAGCAGCCGCCGCCAAAGCCUUCCCUGAAGCAGCAGCCACCAAAGCCAUCCCUGAAGCAGCCGCCGCCAAAGCCGUCCCUGAAACAGCAGCCGCCAAAACUGUCCCUGAAGCAGCAGCCACCAAAGCCGUCCCUGAAGCAGCAGCCGCCAAAGCCGUCCCUGAAGCAGCAGCCGCCAAAGCCGUCCCUGAAGCAGCAGCCGCCAAAGCCAUCCCUGAAGCAGCAGCCACCAAAGCCAUCCCUGAAGCAGCAGCCACCAAAGCCAUCCCUGAAGCAGCAGCCACCAAAACCGUCCCUGAAGCAGCAGCCGCCAAAGCCGUCCCUGAAGCAGCAGCCGCCAAAGCCGUCCCUGAAGCAGCAGCCGCCAAAGCCGUCCCUGAAGCAGCAGCCGCCAAAGCCGUCCCUGAAGCAGCAGCCGCCAAAGCCAUCCCUGAAGCAGCAGCAGCCAAAGCAGUCUCAGAAGCAGCAGCCGCCAAAGCCGUCCCCGAAGCAGCAGCCGCCAAAGCCGUCCCACAAGCAGCAGCCGCCAAAGCCGUCCCACAAGCAGCAGCCGCCAAAGCCGUCCCACAAGCAACAGCCGCCAAAGCCGUCCCAGAAGCAACAGACACCAAACCAGCUGUGGAUCAGAACCAGACCCCACUUGUGAAACGUGUCUACAAUUCAUUGAUAAAGCAGUAUGUCCCAUUAUUGAAACAACCAGAAGAUUCUCCUGGUAAAGCUGCACCAGAACCUCUUGCUAAAACAGUGCUGAAGACUCUUGAAGCAGAACCAAGAAAUAUUGCUGAAACCACAGUUGGUGUAGAAGCUGAACAUUCUGCUGGUGAUCCUCGUUCAGUAGCAGCAGUUGCUGCUGUAGCUCCUGCAACAACCACUCAAGUUGAUUCGACCUCAUCCGUGGGAAACAUCAUAGCAGUUAUUGGUGCUGUAGUAGAUGUACAGUUUAAGGGAACACUUCCUCCAAUCCUUAAUGCUCUUGAAGUUCCAAACAGACAGCCUCGCCUCGUUCUGGAAGUGGCUCAGCACCUUGGAGGAAACACAGUGCGGACUAUUGCCAUGGAUGGCACUGAAGGUCUUGUCCGUGGACAGUCAGUGACUGACACAGGAGGACCCAUCUCCAUCCCAGUGGGACCAGCGACCUUGGGCAGGAUCAUUAAUGUCAUUGGAGAACCAAUUGAUGAACGAGGUCCUCUUCACACAAGCGAGCGCGCAGCCAUUCAUGCCAAUGCUCCCAAGUUUGAGGAUAUGAGCGUUGAGCAGGAGAUCUUGGUCACCGGAAUAAAGGUUGUUGACAUGCUGGCACCGUACUCCAAAGGUGGAAAAAUAGGAUUGUUUGGCGGGGCUGGUGUGGGUAAGACUGUACUUAUUAUGGAACUUAUCAACAAUGUGGCCAAAGCUCAUGGUGGCUACUCAGUGUUUGCUGGAGUUGGCGAGAGAACACGAGAGGGCAAUGAUCUUUAUCACGAAAUGAUUGAGUCUGGUGUCAUUUCUCUCACCGAUGAGACUUCUAAGGUAAGAAACAAAUUGCAUCAGUGUCGUGUAGAUAAACAUGAAUACUCUAGGUCCCAUCAUAUACGGGUAUGGCAGAUAGGGGUUCAUAAGUUUUUGAACUCAAUAAUAAUAAUUAUUGGUAGACAGCAACCACCCAGGGAAGUACUACCGUCCUGCCAGAUGACUGUGAAACAAAAACCUGUAACUGUUUUGCAUGAUGGUAGGAUUGCUGGUUUCCUUUUCUGUCUCAUAAACACGCUAGAUAACAGGGAUAUCUUGCUACUCCUACUUACACUUUGGUCACACUUCACAGACACGCACAUGCAUAUAUAUAUACAUACAUCUAUGAAUGACCCCCCGGGUGCUCGUGCUCGUGAGCUCUCACGGGCUUUACAGUUGCCGAGUAUUUUUGGGAAUUUUGUUCUACUUAAGUUAUCAUUCAACAGGUUUACCCAGGCUGGCUCUGAGGUGUCUGCUCUGUUAGGUCGCAUACCCUCAGCUGUGGGUUACCAGCCAACACUAGCCACUGACAUGGGCAACAUGCAAGAAAGAAUUACUACUACAAAGCAAGGAUCUAUUACUUCAGUCCAGGCUAUUUAUGUGCCUGCUGAUGACUUAACUGAUCCUGCACCAGCAACCACGUUUGCACAUCUUGAUGCUACAACCGUGCUCUCCCGGGGUAUAGCCGAGCUGGGCAUCUAUCCUGCUGUUGACCCUUUGGAUUCUUCUUCUAGAAUUAUGGACCCAAACAUCAUUGGUAUCGAGCAUUACUCCACUGCUCGAGGUGUUCAAAAAAUUCUUCAGGAUUAUAAAUCACUACAAGAUAUUAUUGCUAUUUUGGGCAUGGAUGAACUCUCCGAGGAAGACAAAUUAACUGUAGCAAGAGCACGGAAAGUGCAGAAAUUUUUGUCUCAGCCGUUCCAAGUUGCUGAAGUUUUCACAGGAUACGAAGGGAAGUUUGUCUCUCUAGAAAAGACAAUUAAGAGCUUCAAAGAAAUUUUGUCUGGAAAUUACGACCAUCUUCCAGAAGCAGCGUUCUACAUGGUUGGUGACAUCAAAGAAGCAGCCCAGAAGGCACAACAACUUGCACAUUAACCAAAUAUUACAAUGUUUUUGGCAAAAUGGACUGCAUAGUUUAUAAUGCAGAAUUUCUGAAUACCAUGGAUGAAACCAAUAUUCUGUAGUAUAUACUGCAAAGUACUGUAAGCAAAUGAAUUGCAGCAAUAGCUGGUAUCAAAUAUUCAGGCUAAGCAUGGGGAAAAAACAUAGUUUCAAGAUCUUGCAUGUAUGAUGGGACCUAAGAGACCAGACACUAAUGAUGCUGCUGAUCAUAGUUUAAUAAGAGGCUAAUGAGUGAUCCCUGCAAACACACUUGAGUACACUUGGGUGAGUGCAGCCAAAAGUUCCUCUUAAUUAUCAUCCAACAGUCUGAUAGUGUUCACACUGUUGGACAGACUUGCUUAGAGGAUCUUUCAGACUAUUUUUGUAAAUUAUCCUCGAGCAAAGUAAAUUUUUGCAAUGACCAGUAAUUAAAAUUUUCUGAAAAUUUAAUUUUUGCCAUUAUUUUCCUGUUGUGUAUACAAUAUUAAUUUUGUUAUUUUUUUGAAAGAGUGCUGCAAUUCAUCACAAUAAUUUAAAUACUUCUGGAUGUCUGUAGAAAUUUGGACCUUACAUGUUAAAUUUUUCAAUAUACUACUGUAUAUUGUUUUUAAUGAGUGUUUUAUUUGUGCUUUGUGAAGAAAGUGUAUUUGUAAGGACCUAUAUAUUACUGUAAUGCUGGGAGCAAGGGGCUAGUAACCCUUUCUCCUGUAUCAGUUACUAAAUGUAAAAAAAGGAGAAAAGCUUUUGUUUCUUCUUUUUCGGGUCGCCGUGCCUUGGUGAGAGAUGGUCAGUGGAUUAAAAAAAAAAUACUA